AUGUCUUCCAAAGUGACUCGUGUGGCUGUCACUCAAGCCGAACCGGCAUGGCUGGAUCUGGCUGCCGGCGUGGCAAAGACUUGCACCCUGAUGACAGAAGCCGCUCGCAACGGUGCGCAAUUGAUUGCUUUCCCAGAGUGCUGGAUUCCAGGCUAUCCGUGCUGGAUCUGGAGUCGAUUCCUAGACGUUGCCCUGAAUGUGGCGUAUAUCAAGAAUUCCAUCGCACUCGACUCCCCUGAGAUGGAUCAGAUCAAGGCAUGUGCCAAGAGCAACUCGAUCGCGGUGUCUCUCGGUUUCUCUGAGCAUGACAACAAUUCAGUCUAUAUCGCACAGGUCAUCAUCGGCAGCGAUGGUGAGAUCAAAUCCCACAGACGUAAAAUGAAGCCCACGCAUAUGGAACGAACAAUUUUCGGAGAUGCCUCCGGAGAAUGCUUCUCUGGCGUGGUCGAGCUGCCCUUCGCGCGGGUUGGAGCCCUCUCCUGCUGGGAACACAUCCAACCCCUGCUCAAAUACUUUAUGAUCUCCCAGAGAGAGGAGAUUCACGUGUCCGCAUGGCCAAGUUUGACUCCUCACGCUGGCAAAUCUGAUCUUUGGUCAAUGUCCGCUGAAGGUUGCCACAGUUUGUCGCAAACAUAUGCAAUCGAGUCGCAGAGCUUUGUUCUGCACUGCACUGCUGUGAUCACCGAGAAAGGAGUGCAAGCAAUGGAUACUAGUGGUGGAAUCAUGAUGAAUGCCCCAGGCGGGGGCACUUCGGCAGUGUUUGGUCCUGAUGGAAGGAGGCUGACGGAGCCUUUGGAUUCUACUUCAGAGGGCAUCGUCUACGCAGAUCUUGACAUGAGCCAGAUCGUGGCGACCAAGCUUUUUGCAGAUGCCACUGGGCAUUAUAGUCGUCCAGACCUUAUGUGGUUGAAUGUUUGCAAGAAGGUGAAGAAGAUGGUCCAACCGGAAGAGGAAUCAGGGAUUACCACAGUGGAGUAA